CCUAAGACGUUGUGCACUACGGACGUAGCGGUGUACACUUCAUGUGCACGUGGUUGCUGGGAAUAUAAAAGUGAUAGUGGCAAGCAUUGCACACGUCCUGUGGUCUUUACAUUCAGUGUUGCACGUUUGUUGAAAAGGGAAUGAAAGGCACAGCGAGUUGGCAAACAUGAAUACGAGGUGAUAAAGUUGUCGAUUUUACAGAGCCUUGUAACAACACUUCAGUCCUCUCUCUCUCGACCCUAACUGACCGAUAGAUAGAUAGAUGAUGACGAUCCCCGUCUCUUGAAAACCCACUUCCCUUAACAAAUAUCCUCAAUGAACUCCCCGUUCCCAUUUUUUUGUAAUGUCACGAGCGGUUUGUAAGUCACUAAGGUAAUCGUUGUACCAAGUCCUACCACGAAAGUGUGUGAAGGAAGAAUAGAAAUAUAAGAAAGAAGGAGAUAGGAGAUAGGGUGAGAAGAAGCGCCAGAAAGACAAGUGGGGAUACAUGAAAUGAAAAAAAAAGAACCCGCCGUAACAUGGCUUGGUGACGGUGUAAGUGCGUGCCGUUAAACGUAACGGCCGAGCAAGAGCAAGAAAGAGAGAGAGAGAGGGGGGGAGAGAGGAGAGGAGAGGAAAGGAAUUAAAAAGAUAGCGAGUUCUAUCUCAAGAUUCCUGGGAUGUGACGACACUAGCAACGAGAGAGACACCAGCGAGAGAACGAGAGAGGGAGGGAGAGAGACGGUGUCAAUCAAGCGACCAUAUUCGGAGCCUCACGAGCAAUAGUACCAUGUUGGGUGUGGAAUCGAAGCCCAAUGACACCGAUAGAUUCAAGUCAGAUGGUCAUGAAAAAGCACUGGAGAAGCUGGGUUUCCGCGGUGUCUUUGGCACUGGAGGCCUUGGCGGUGCCCUCGGGAGCCUCGGUGCAAGCCUAGGAGCAGCCCUGUCCAUGAGCGGCGGGGACAGGGGCGGAGUGGGAAGUAGUGUGGGUCUCAGGGACUCCACCGUCACCUCUGGCGUUGGGCUCGGGUUGGGCCUUGUCCCCGACGUCAGGAGUUCCAGGGAGAAGGAAUCUGGCCUGGAACUGGUCAAGCCUUCUCUGGUCCUGGACAUUGCGUCCUUAAUACUAUACGGGUGCCAGGCACUACCUAUCCGACUCAAGAUCCUCCUCGACAGGCUCUUCUCAGUCCUCACCCACGAUGACGUCCUCCAGGUCCUGCACGGCUUCGGCUGGACUUACGAGGACUACGCCAGGGGAUACAAGUUGCAGGAUCGGCAGGGGAACGUCCUGCACAGUUGGCACAUGAUGAGCACAGAGGAAGAAACCCUUGUAUUGAGACAGUUCCUGAGAUUUGGCGAAACUCGAGCCAUUGCCCAACAACUUCUACAUCAUGAUGCAGCUUCACCAAGACCAGAUCUCCCACCCACUCACAGAGAUUCCCUUCGAGAUUCUCACAGGGAAAGGGAGGCUUUGCGAGAAAUGCACCGGGACCCCAUGAGAGACGCCCAUCGGGAGUCUCUUAGAGACGUCCAUCGUGACAUGCACAGAGAUCCACUACGGGACAUUCACCGGGACAGUCACAGGGAUGUGAGGGAAAUGAGAGAAAGGGAAAGCCUAAAGGAUGUUAGAGAUUUUAGAGAUGAGCUGAGGCGUGACGAACUUCGUCGUGACGAUUCACGUCGGGAAGAUCCUCACAGAUCUCAACAGCCACAUCUUCACCACCCACAUCACCAACAACAAACACAGCAACCAGACCUUGGAAAAAAUAUGGAUGCAGACAUCAAAAAGUUUCUUGAGCGAACUAACAUGUUAUUUAAUCCAUUCAUGCGAGGAGAUCCUAGCACACUCUUACGGCCACCACCACCAGCGGGUCCACCUACAUUGCAUCCUGCACCUCCUCCUUUAUCUGCAGUUUCCUUAGCAUCAAACCUCUUUGCCGCCAAUCCUUCUUUGGCUACUUCUUUGCUAACCAACCCUCAACUAGCCUCAUCUGCUCUUUCUAUGCUUCGCCUUCCAGUACCUCCUGUUUCUCUUCCUAAUAUUUCACCAAAUGGGUCCCUCCCAAAUAGCUUUGGCUCUCCUACCAGUCCUAUGGGUGGUUCCCCACUGAAUAGACUCCAGAGCAUGCAGCCUUUUGAUUUCAGGAAAGAUCGUCAAAGCCCGAGUCCAGCACCCAGAGUGGAAACAACAAUGGGCUUAAGUGCACACAGUAGUGGGGUCACUAGCCCAGCAAACAGCAGUGCUGGGGGUGGUAGUAUUAGUGGUGGUUGCAUCCAAGUCAGCGCAAACAGUGUGGGAGUAACCCCUUUAACUGCCACCACUGCACAGCAUCCACCACCCACUCCAGUUUCUGUUAGCAGUGAUCCACCCACCGAUUACACUAGUGAUGAUGAUGAUACUGCCAUAUCAGCCUCUGCUACAGCUCUGAAUUUAACUACCACAUCCACAACAGUGUCAACUAGUGCAACACCAACUACUUUACCAGUUCCACCUAGACCUCAGUCACCAAGCAGUGGAAGACCUAACACACCUGGAAAAAGAUCCUGGAAUCCUAUAAACUUAGGAACAUCCCUGAUUAACCCUGUAACUGGAAAAAAACGAGUGCAAUGUAAUGUUUGUCUAAAAACAUUUUGUGAUAAGGGUGCUCUUAAAAUUCACUUCUCAGCUGUGCAUUUACGAGAAAUGCACAAGUGUACUGUAGAAGGAUGUAAUAUGAUGUUCAGCUCAAGAAGAUCAAGAAACAGGCACUCUGCAAAUCCUAACCCAAAACUGCAUACUCCUCAUGUGCGACGUAAAAUUUCCCCACAUGAUGGACGGACAAGUGCUGCUCAUCCCGUCUUGCCACACAAUUUUCAAGGACUUCAACCUCCAGCAGGAUUUCCACCACUCGGACCAUUUCCUGGUCAGUUUGGUGGAGUAAACCCACUGACAGGCCUACCCUUCAUUCCACCAUCAGCAGCUGCCACAGAAGACUUACACAAGCAGGCUUUAGAAUUACAAAGACGUACAUUGGAGAUGCAGCAUGCUAUGGGUAAAUCUUCUUUAGAUCUCAGUAUGCGUAGUAGGGAAGAUGGAGGGGGUAUGUGGAGAAAUGAUUAUAGUAGCUUCAAUUCUUCAAACAUCCAAGGUGAAGAUGGCACUACAAUGGAUGGAAUACAAUCAGAUAAUCAUGAAAGCAAACGAAAUGAUUUUGAAACUCACAUAGAUGAUGAUAUUGAUGAUGAUAGUAUGAGUGUUGAUACUCAAAGCGUAAGAGGUGAAGGUGUUGCAGCUUCACCCUCUGCAAAUAAGCGUAAGCGUAAAAGUCAAAACCCAACAAAAUUCGCCUUCAGGUUAGAAGAUGAUGACUUGAUAUCUACAGAUGAUGAUGAUGACGACGAUGAUGACAACGAUGAUUUGGAUGACAUAGAUGCUAAAGAUUCAGAAGAAGAUAAGAAUGAAGAUAAAGAGUUAGAUGCAAUGAGUGAUGUUGAUGAUGAAGAUACAGAAAACACUAUGAAAGAAGCAUCCUCUUUAAAUUCUGGUGAUAAAUCAAAGAGUGAUAAAGACUCAGAUGGGAGCACUAGAAAAGUUUCUUCCAGCAGUUACGAUGAAGCUGUUGAUACAUCUAAUGCUUUAAGGCAUCUUGAAGACCUUUCUAAAGGCCAUUUUGCACAUCUCUCAAGUACAAUGCCCCCAAACGCAUCAGCGUCACUUGGCCUCCCAAUGACACCCUCUGGAAACGGGGUGACAUCGUCGAGUCCCAGGCCAAGUGACCGUGAAAGUGACAGGGACUCAAACCCAGGUUCCCCAUCAGAGGAUUCAGAUGGAGCGUUCCAAUUUGGAGAGGGUGGAUUUCUGACCAGCCUGGACAUCCCAAUUGAUAAGGAAAAUCCAAGACGGUGCAUAGCGUGUGGUAAAAUAUUCCAGAAUCAUUUUGGUGUAAAAACUCAUUACCAAAAUGUUCACCUUAAACUUAUGCAUAAAUGUACAGUCGAAGGCUGUAAUGCUGCAUUUCCUUCAAAACGUAGCCGUGACAGGCACUCUUCGAAUCUCAAUCUGCAUCGUAAGCUACUCUCUACUUCUUCUGAUGGGCCAGGGUUCCCUGGGAUGGGAUUCCCUGGACUACCUUUCAACCCUGCCCUCAAUCCAGAAUUAUUAGCACGUCUUUAUUCAGAGCCUGGGACUUUGCCUCUAGGCCUUGAUACCCUCAACUCCCACAUCCCAACUUCCCUUGCUGAAUCGUUAUUCAAUGGUGAAAGAGGCGGUACUGGUAACAACGGUGGUGGCAGCAAUGGAAGCGGGUUACCUCCAGCAGCCCAUCCACCUCCACACUUCUUUUUACCUAAUCUUCUCCCUCACUUUGCUACCAAUAAUAAUCUUCCAGGAAGUGAAAGGAAAGAUCGUUCUAGUACUCCAUCACCUCAGUCAACUACCCCAACUACAACUGCUACAACAACCAGUGUUCCCCCAAUGGAGGUAUCUUCUCCACCACAGCCUCAAGAACCAACUGCAACCACAACAACCACUGUUACUGGAGAAGAGCUUGAACAAGACUGGGUAUACAACCUAGAAGAUGAUCUGCCAUCACCAGAUCGAGAUGGAAACAUGCCUUGUAGGUUUUGUCACAAGACCUUUGAGGAUGGCAUUGGUCUUAAGAGUCAUUAUGAAGAUGUUCAUGCCUCUGAGCUCUUCAGAUGCACAGUAACUGGUUGCAACAAAGUGUUUAGCGCACGUCGUAAACGUAAUGCCCACUCUCUUAAUGAAGCUCUUCAUAAGGAUCUCCUAGAAACGGCAACAGCAAAGGAUACGUGAUGACUAUGCCUCCUUCAGUUGUCUCUGUGGUCCCCAAUCUUUUUUUCCUUUGUAUAAAUGUAUAAAUGUGCCAAUGUUUCACGUCUUAUUUAUACGUAGUGGUGUUAGAGUGCCCAGUGUUGCCGCGUGUAAAUAGCAGUGGCUCCAGCUCCCCAGAAUCCCUGGCUGCCUCAGUGUAGGGUAGUGGCUCAUCAGCUGCUUACUUAGUUAAGUGCCCCUGGUUAUCUUCGUCUUCAGGGAGCCUGAGUGAACUAAAUUAACAGAACUCCCCAGUGACUAUCUUAUGUAUUGUGAGAUUAUAAUGCCACCCAUAUUUCUGUGAGAUAUUGAUAUCAGACAUUCUCAAGAAACGCCAGUGAUACCCAUUACCUGGGUUGUCAGUGACUUUGAGUGAAAUUCUUUUAAGUGACUGACAGGGGCCUAUGAGCCAUUUUAACGCUGAAGGACUUAGAGCUGCAUUAAUGUUCUCAGGAUUCUUUGUGAAUCGUUUUGCAUACCAGUUACUGGUAUAGAGUCAGUGUUCUAUUUCAUUGUGUACUGUAUUAACAUUUUUUGGUUUAAAGUUACUGUAAAUGUCGGUUUUAUACUAUGACUCAGUCUGUCAUUUGUGUAAAUGGUGCUAUAUUUUAGUUGGCACAACCAUGUCUCCAUUUACGUACAACUUUGAUUAAUAAGUUAAUUUUUUUUUGUGUGUGAUUAUGAAGUCAGCGUCUUCCAUUUUCUUCAUUUUACGGCGUUCCUUUUCAGUGCUGAGGUGGGACACUCUGCUGAGGAUACUCGUCAUCUUCUGCAGGAGUACAAUCUCAUAAGAAAUCACAACAGCAUCCCGGUGAUAGUGCCAAUUAUUUCUCCAUUAGUUUAAGGAACACUCAUCGAUGACACCGAUACUGAAUUGUAGAUCUUUAAAGGAGUACUUAAGGAAAGGCAAAAGAAAAUUUACACUGCCUUUAUUCUUCACUCUUUUGAUAUGAAACUAAAAAAUAUCCAAUACCAACAUUCCAUUUUGAAAUCUCAAGAGUACUGGUGCAUAAGUACACGUACUUCUUAGGUUUAAAGUUCCUUAAAUUCUUAAACAUCUGAUGAUAGAAAUUCCUAAAAAGUUUGAAGUGUCCUCUCGGAUGAGUCCCACCUGGCUCUUUUAAUCCUCCUGCAGAAGAGUUUUGGCUUAACGUUUCAUUUUACAGAUAGAAUCACGCUCAUUUUUUCUGAUUUUAUUUAAUGAUCAGCCAAGAGACUGUUAAACGACAAUCAACAAUGUGAAAUUGCCAAAGAAUAAUUCCUCUCCUUUUUUUUAUUACGUGAAAUGUUCUCUUGACAAAUGCUGAACAAAUAUUUUUAUGUGCUGUCCCCAGUUUCACAAAACUGGAGCAUGCAACGAAAACCAUCUAAGUGAGAUGUACGUAAGGUAGAUAUCUGUGUAGGGAAUGUGGACUUAGCCACAAAUCUCUUAGCCAACCCAUCCCGGACCGAUACAAUAUUUUUUCUUUCUUUUUUUCUAAUGGGGGGAGGGGAUCAUUUGUUUGAUAUUAGUACCUUUUAGUCAUAAUCUAAGAUUUUCAUGAAAGAUUAAUGACUUUCAUAGUUUAUAGAACACUUACACGUAUAUCAAAUCUAGUGUUUAUAAAAGUGACAAACAGCCGAUAUUUUCUAACUUGUCGGUUCAGAUGGUAUGAUAAUCCUUCGAGGAAACCGAUGGGAGGUUGGACCAUGUUUCGUGUCUGGUCCGGAGCCUCCUGUUCUUCCUUCCUUACUUCCUUUUCUUCCUUUUUGCUCCUUCGAGAGACUCGAGAAGGCAUUGCUCCAUAAUCCUUUCGCAUGAGACCUCAAGCGACCUUGCCUUGACUCACAGGAGCUCAGUCAAUCGCAAAUAUCCUUCAAAUUGUACAAAAGCUAAAUAAAAUGUGUUUUAUAUAUAUUAUCGUGUAUCAUAUACGAUAUGGAAGUCCUUGAGUGGGAGCGAGUGAGUACUGAGGACAUGUUGAGAGGAUUACCUUGAGCUCAGCCUUUUCCAGUCUCUUUCAGACUUGCUCCCCCCUCCAAGCCCAUAAUUCCCCAUCCCACCCACCCAUCCAUCCAUCCACCCACCAACCCGAACCUCCCAAAAUCUGAGCACCUUGGUGUAGGGGUUAGACCUUUGAGAGAGCCGCUUGCACAGGUUUGCUCCUUACUGUAAUUAACUUCUAAUGAUACUGACAAUUAAAAAAAGUUCGUUGUUAUCGUCUUGUGCUAUCUAGUUGUACUUGUUAAUAAAAAUAAAUAUGGUUAUAUGU